AUGGGCGACGUUCUCGCAGACUACCCUGUAAAGUACAAAAAGAAGGAUGGGACAUUACGAUUUACAAAGAGUCGAAUCUAUUGUACAUUACAGGGGAGUACGACUCCUGCUGUCACCAUCAUGGGUGCUGAUAUCACAAAGCAGCAUGUAACCGCAGAAGGAGCUGCGGAACCAAAGCUCAAGAUUGAUACAACUACAACAAGCUAUACGUUUGCCUUCCCUUCCUCCCAAGCUCGCGAUGCUGUAAAAGAACGAGUCGCCACCUACUCGGCAAACAAUGGGGCUGCUUCUGCUCCUGCUCAAGCCUCUAGUAGUAACGCUAUGACUGUACGAAAGAAGGAAGGGCCUGGCAAGAGUACAUCUCCACGUCCGUCAAGAUCCGGUUCUACUGUGGCAUUACUAAAGAGAAAGAGAGGCGAUGUGGAAGUACCUGCAGUGGAAAUAGAAGCAAGGAAACAGCUACUAUCAAAGAGCCCAGAGUUGGGAAAGCUAUUCAGGGAACUGGUUGUGACUGGUAUGGUCGAUGAAGAUGAGUUCUGGGAAAUGAGACGUUCCGAGCUGGAAACUGCCACUUUUGCAGCAACUCAAAAGAGCGGAAAUCUAUAUCACUCGUUGGCAGAUAUUCGACCUGUUGAGGCAGAUGGUAACGAGACCAUUGUCAUCACUACUGAAAAGGUUCACUCAAUGUUCCUCCAGAAUCCUGCUCUGCAGCAGGCAUACAACGAAAACGUUCCAGACAAGAUCCCUGAAAAGGAGUUCUGGACUCGUUAUUUUCAAUCGAAAUAUUUUUACAAAUCACGACGUGCAACUGGUUCAUCAGCAACACUGGGCCAGUCAGACAAGUUGUUUGAUACACUCAAGGACGUUCUUGACAUUGAUGCCAAUCCGGAUCCAAGGCGAUUAGCUUAUGACGCCUCAAACAAGCUAGUUGACUUGAGUUUGACGGCUGAAGACCAUCAAGAGGUCGGGAAUGCUCCAGAUUCAACAAUGCAGGCUGGAAACAAGAGAGAAUAUCUUCCGGUCAUACGCAAAUUCAACAGAAUCUCAGAAGAUGUUUUGAAGCAGACGCAGAAGGAUUCGAAUCCUCGAAAGAAGGUCGAUCGAAGUGCAAAGGCCAUGGAUUCUGUCUAUGCCAAAGAAACCGAAUUGGAAGAACUGGAAGCUCCCAAAGAACGAGAAGCUCAGCCGCUCGCCAUUCAGGAAGAUGAUUAUUUCGAAAAUCAGGCUGCAGUACUGUCAAAUACAACCAAUGGAAAUGAUCGUCACUCAUCACAGGGAGAGUUGGAUGCUUUUUCAAAAUCCAUGCAAACCUGGUUACCCAAAUUCUCGCCAAAUAUUGCUAUUUUCAGGACGGACGCUGUGCUCCGAUCUGCUACUGAAGGUGCUAAAAGGAGAAAACUUGGACACACGACGGACCAACGUCCGUCAAUCGACAUAUACCCACAAUUGGUUGAACGUCAGAAUUCAACUCUUGAAUUGCUCAGACACUUUUGGGGUGCCUUCUCUCGGCCAGCGAAAGCAGCCAAAGCCGAUAAAUUGGCGGGAACUCUCCGAACUACUUUGACGGUCAUUGAAGCAUUCCUACGUGAAAAUUCGGCAAAUCCAACAGCCGUUACGUUGAUGUCGUCAACUCGUCAAGCUCUGGAAAAAGCCAUCAAAGCCUAUGAAAGUCGCACCAUUAUCAUCGACUACAUGGAUGCUGAAUCUGAUCUCUGUCUCAUUCAUGAAAACUGUUUGAGUGGAACUGGCCGUCGAAAGAUCCUGCGAUUUUCAACAAUGGUUCACAAUCGUGGGACAGCUGAUGCAGUGUUGGGACAUCCUCCUGCUGAUCGAUACGCUGCAAACAAUCCUCCAUACUGGCACUUUGAUGAAUGUCAUCAUCAUUGGCAUUUCGUCGCUUAUGCGGACUAUGAACUCAUGAGCGCAGACAGCAACAAUAUCAUUCUCAAAGGCCACAAGAAUGGAUUCUGCCUUGAAGACUUGAAAUGUGACCCCGGAUAUGAGAAGAAGUACACUUGCACCAAUCAAGGAAUCACCAUGGGAUGCGCAGAUAUCUAUGAACGCAAUCUUGCAUGCCAAUGGAUCGACAUUACGGACCUUGACCAAACUCCUGGCUACUCUGAUCAGACUCCGUAUACCCUCAAAGUAACAAUCAAUCGUCAGAAAUUCUUCCCGGAACUGGAUUAUGGAAACAACGCAAGGCCUCAGGCUCUCGUUCUGAUUAUCAAAUGCAGAACCAAUUCUUUACGACCUGCCGGAGGGGCGACUUCUGAUGACAAUGACUUUUUGCAUCAGGUCGACAAACCUCAACAACUCAUUGAUCGCAUUAAAUUAAAUAUUACGGCGAUCGACCGAUUGCACUCGCGAUCACUAGUUGCUUUAUCCAAUGAUGACAGUGUGAAAAGCAAUCGCAAGGUAGAAUCUCUCCAAGAAGAAACAAACCGGCUCUUUCAGAAAGCUCGUGAAAAUGUGAAAGCUAUGGCUACUGCUACAAAACGAAUGAAGGGAUAUGAAGGAAAUGUCCGCCGUGCUCAACAAUCUCAACUUGCGAAAAAGUUGAUGAAUGCCUACAAGUAUCAAGGAGUCCAGGAAAGCUUCAAGAAUAAGCGGAAGCAAAGAAUGGAACGUGAAUACAGAGUUGGUAAAUUGAUUGUGACUUCAGGUCGACCAAAUGCUACUGCCUCUGAAAUCGAAAACGCUAUCGAGCAUGCUAGUGGUCCUACAUACUCUCAACAAAUCCUCACUAUUGGCGUUGGUGAACAACGUCAUGCUCUAGAAGAAGUACAAAACCGGCAAGUCGAAUUUCAAAAGGUUGAACAGAAUAUUGUACAACUUUUCAAUCUCUUCCAAGACAUGCAAGUGUUACUAGAUACGCAACAAGAGCAAAUCGCCCAGGUUGAUCAACACGUCGAUAACACCAUUGCCUAUGUUGAAGAUGGUUCAAGGGAAAUGCAAAAGGCGGUGGUGCAUCGCACUAAUACUCGAAAGAAGAUGUGGUACUUGUUUAUGGCUGCCAUUAUUCUCAUCGCAGUCAUUGCAGCAACAGUAUACUUCGCCUUCUUCAACAAUGGCAAAUAA